AUGCCGGGCACCAAGCUCGCCGCCGCCUCGGGCGUCAAGCGCAAGAGAGACCCGGCCAAAGCCGAGCGCCGCGAAGCAAAGUCCAAGAAGCGCCAGAAGUCGCCCACCACCACCAACGGCGACGACGACGUCCAGGCCGAGAUCCUGCAGCUCGAAGCCCAGAUCCUCGAGUCGCGCCGCCACUACAACAACAUCGCGACUCUGCUGCAGCGCUGCACCACCUCACACGACGGCGGCGACGAUGCGCCUGUCCUCGCUGCCGUCGCCCUCUGCAGGGUCUUCUCGCGUCUGCUGGCCGCCGGCGACAUGGCCAAGAGCAAGGGCAUGGGCGAGGCAGAGGCGCUGGUCGUGUCCUGGCUGAAGGAGCGCUACCGUGACUUCCUCGACGCCCUCGCCCAGCACUUCCUGCCCAGCGACAGCCCCGCCAAGCAGUCCGUCGCCCUCACCCUGCUCAUGCGCCUGGUCAAGGAAGAGUCCAAGGCCACCAAAGACUACAGCCUCAAGAACGGCCCCCUCUCCCGCCUCAUCGAGGCGCUCCUGUUCCUGCCCGACGGCGACGCCAGCCGAGAAGAGUUUGCCGACAAGUACUUCAAACACUUCGACGACGUGCGCUUCCACACCUUCAAGACCAUCAAGAACGUGCUCGCCACCGACCUCGACGACGCAGAGAAGCAGACCGCCGCCUCCAACAGCCUGUCUCUGCUGCUGUCGCUCGACACCGUGCCGCAGUCGAAAGACGACAUCAAUAACUACCACACCGACUCGCAGUCCAAGAGCUCGAGACCGACGCUGCAGGCCUACAAGGUGCAGGCACAAGAGGCGUGGUUGGCGACGAUGCGCGCUGGACUCACCAAAGACCAGCGCAAGUCCAUCCUGACCACAUUCUCCUACCAAAUCGCCCCGUGGUUCCAGCAGCCCGAGAUGCUCAUGGACUUCUUGACCGACUCGUACGAUGUGGGCGGCGCGACCUCGCUGCUCGCCCUGUCCGGACUCUACUACCUCAUCUCGGAGAAAAACCUCGACUACCCGUCCUUCUACCUCAAACUCUACUCUUUGCUGGACGAGGGCCUACUUCACUCCAAACACCGAUCACGCUUCUUCAGGCUGCUGGACACUUUCAUGUCCUCGACACAUUUGCCGGCUGCACUUGUCGCCAGUUUCAUCAAGCGUCUCUCACGCUUAGCGCUGCACGGCCCGCCUGCCGGUGUGGUCAUUGUCAUCCCCUGGGUCUACAACAUGUUCAAGCGCCACCCCGCCUGCACGUUCAUGAUGCAUCGUGAGGUCCGCGACGACGCGUUGAAGGAGAAGCUGGAACAGGAAGGCAUGGACGAUCCAUUCGACAUGAGCGAACUGGAUCCCAUGGAGACAAACGCCAUCGACAGCAGCGUCUGGGAGCUCGAAGCACUGCAAUCACACUACCACCCCAACGUUGCAACAUUAGCGAAGAUCAUCUCAGAGCAGUUCACAAAACGCUCGUACAACCUGGAAGACUUUCUCGAUCAUUCCUACACAGCUCUCCUCGACACCGAGCUGGACAGAGACCUCAAGAAAGACCCAGAAGUCGAAUUCGAGAUACCCAAGCGCAUCUUCACCGCCGAAGAAGGCCUGAACCCAUUGGGCCAGCUGCUCACACAAGUCAUAGAAGCGAGAUAG